UCACUGCUGACAUCAGGAGCUGGGGGCGUCUUGCGAGACCACUUCUCGCUCGUUCGAUUCGCAGUCAGAUAUCGGUCAGUUGUUUGCCCAUCGAUUGCGAGUUAUUGCAAGUUUGUUAUAUUCUGUUUGAUUCUGCGAUUAAGUGUGUACACCCGCCAUGGAUCAUAUGCCAGAGAAUUGGGGCCGUCCCCGGAAUGAUGUGUACGGCGAGUACCAGAGCGCGAUCCACAACGCCGGCCAGGGCCCGCAGUCGCGCACGCAGACGCCGUCAAUCACGGGAACCAGUGUUAUCGCGAUGAAGUUCGACAACGGCGUCAUGCUUGCUGCAGAUAAUUUGGGAUCGUAUGGAUCGCUCGCGAGAUUCACGGAUCAGGAGCGAUUAAUCAAGGUCGGCAACGAGACCGUCGUCGGAAUCAGUGGAGACGCGUCUGAUCAGCAGUACAUUGAGCUUCUUCUUGAGCGUUUAUUAAUCGAGGACAACUACCCGCAAGACGGCCACCACCUCCGCGCGCCACACAUAUACGAGUACCUCUCGCGGGUGAUGUACAACCGCCGCAGCAAGAUCGACCCGCUAUGGAACGCCAUCCUCGUCGCCGGCAAGAACGACGACGGCUCCCCGUUCCUCGGCUACGUCGACCUGCUCGGCGUCACCUACUCCUCGCCCUCGAUAGCGACCGGAUACGGCGCAUACCUCGCUAUCCCGCUCAUGCGGAAAAUCGUCUCCGAGGAGGCCGACGCGAAGAACGUCUCCGAGGAGCAGGCGCGCAAGGUCAUUGACGAGUGCAUGAAAGUGCUCUUCUACAGAGACGCGCGGAGUUUGGACAAGUACACCGUCGCGACCGUCACGCUCGACGGCGAGGUCAAGAUGGACAAGAACGUCAGAUGUCAGAACAUGAACUGGAGAUUCGCAGAGGGCAUCCGUGGCUACGGUACGCAGAAGCAGUAAAUCAUCAUCUUACUCAAGUUUUAGUCGCAAUCAAUACAAUG